UUGGAGCUGCGUUACGUCACGCGCCGCGUUGGCCUGCGCCGCGGAGGAGCAGCGGGGAAGCGCCAGUUCCCCCUCCACUGCUGUUGUUGGAGAAAAGUUGUUGCGGUGGGGAGCUGGCCUGCGCUGCCCGAGCAAAAGUAGGCGUCUCUUCUUAUUCUCUUUUUAAACAGACAUCCGUAGAGUUAACCAGCAACACCGGGAUGCGUGUUCGAGUGUAAACAAACGACAGAGGUAGGGAUUUAGGAUUUCAGCUUCGUGUUUUUUUUCCUUGUUAAAGCUUUGGCUGAAGAAGUGUUGCUCGGCAGACUGCGACUCGGGUCGCCCCCUCCUCCUCCUCCUCCUCUUCCACCUCUUGUUAGCUAGCUAGCGUUAGCCGGUUAGCUCCCUCUGCCAUACUUCUGAGGAACAAGAGGGGGGAAAAAGUGGUUGGAGAAAUGGCAGAAACCAAAAUAAUUUAUCACAUCGACGAAGAGGAGACGCCGUAUUUGGUGAAGAUUCCCAUAGCGGCGGAGAAAAUCACUUUAUUGGAUUUCAAACAAGUGUUGAACAAACCAAACUACAAAUUCUUCUUCAAGUCUAUGGACCAGGACUUCGGAGUGGUCAAGGAAGAGAUUUCUGAUGACAACGCUAAGCUGCCCUGCUUUAAUGGAAGAGUGGUUUCCUGGCUUGUGUCUUCAGAUGUUCCUGCAGCAGAACCUGCGCCGCCUCCAGUGGAGGUCCGAGCUCAACCGUCACCGCCUCCUCCCCCCCUUCCGCCUCCUCCAGCUGAGAGGACCGGGGGCAUCGGAGACUCAAGACCCCCCUCAUUCCAUCCGAACGCUGCAGGCAGUGUGGAGACGCUGGAUGAACAGACAGAGACUGAGUCUGUCGUGUCCUUCAGGAGAGAGAGGCCUCGCCACAGAGAGAGCAUGGAGCACGGGUCACGUAUGAAUGGUCAGUCACGUAUGGAGAGGCACUUGGCAGGUUAUGAAAGUGCCACCACAGUGAUGAGCAGUGAACUGGAAACCACCAGCUUCUGUGAUUCAGAUGAUGACGACACCAUGAGCAGGUUUAGUAGUUCAACAGAACAGAGCACUGCCUCUAGACUGCUAAAGCGCCACCGCAGACGCAGGAAACAGCGUCCUCCAAGGCUGGAGAGGGCAUCAUCUUUCAGUAGUGUGACAGAUUCAACUAUGUCUCUGAAUAUCAUCACAGUCACUCUCAACAUGGAGAAGUAUAAUUUCCUGGGCAUCAGUAUUGUGGGACAGAGUAAUGAGCGAGGUGAUGGAGGCAUCUAUAUUGGCUCCAUAAUGAAGGGAGGAGCAGUGGCUGCUGAUGGGCGAAUCGAGCCUGGGGACAUGCUGCUUCAGGUGAAUGAUAUUAAUUUUGAGAACAUGAGCAAUGAUGAUGCAGUCAGGGUACUACGGGAGAUUGUGCACAAACCAGGACCCAUCACUCUGACAGUGGCUAAAUGCUGGGACCCUUCACCUCAAGGCUACUUUACACUUCCACGUAAUGAGCCUAUUCGACCUAUAGACCCUGCAGCCUGGAUCACUCAUUCAGUAGCCAUGACAGGAGCGUACCCACCUUACCCAGGCAGUACAAUCACAUCCAGCUCAUCUGUCACUGAGACUGAACGCUUUGAUGAGUUUAACCUGUCUCUUCACUCUGAUAUGGCAUCUGUGGCAAAGGCUAUGGCCUCUCCUGAGUCAGGUCUAGAAGUGAGAGACAGAAUGUGGCUAAAGAUCACUAUCCCUAAUGCCUUCCUGGGCUCCGACGUGGUGGAGUGGCUCUACCACCACAUAGAGGGCUUUCAGGACCGCAGAGAGGCUCGUAAAUAUGCCAGUAACCUCCUGAAGGCUGGUUUCAUUAGACAUACUGUCAAUAAGAUCACUUUUUCAGAGCAGUGCUACUACAUCUUUGGAGACUUCAGCGACUGUGAGAACUACAUGGCCAACCUGUCCCUCAAUGAUAAUGAUGGUUCCAGUGGAGCUUCAGACCAAGACACACUGGCCCCUCUCCCAUUACCAGGGGCAACACCGUGGCCCCUGCUCCACUCUUUCCCAUACCAGUACCCACACCCAUACUCAAGCCAGCCACCUCCAUACCACGAGCUCUCCAGCUACAGUUACGCCCCUGGCAGCACGGGUAGCCAGCACAGCGAGGGGAGUCGGAGCAGUGGCUCCAAUCGGAGUGAGGGUGAGAGGAGGAGGGGUAGUAAGAGUGGCAGCACUGUGGCUGGCAGCACACGUGACGACAAAUCUCCCAACGGGGGUGACUCACGCUCUGGCAGCGGCAGCGAAUCUGAAUACUCGGUGCGUAGUAGCCUAAGGAGGGACCAUGGCUCAGCCACGCCAAGUGAGCACAGUCAUGCUAGUCAGCGCUCGCAUCACCGGGCACCGCCCCCUCACCUCGCUCCAUACCCACCUGGCAUUCCCAUUCCAUACAACCCCAUGAUGGUAAUGAUGGUACCACAGCACCCACAUCCACACCCAGCAUUGGGAGCUCCUCAUCCGCAGACAGCUGGAACGCCUCUACACCCAGGCCUGCCUCCACCCAGUAAUCCUGGAGGACCUCCUGGAGCUCCACCCACACGUGACCUGGGCUCUGUCCCACCUGAGCUCACAGCCUCCAGGCAGUCUUUCCACCUGGCCAUGGGAAACCCCAGCGAGUUCUUUGUGGAUGUCAUGUAGGGAAAGUUAACACAGGAUAUGUGUGUCUGUGUGUGGGAUGGAUGAGUGAACCAGUGAGUGAUUGAGUGAAUGAAUGAAACCUCUAUGUGACUUCAUCAUGUAAUAACUGUGAGCCUCAUUCAGUAAGCGACUGAGAUGUAACACUUGGUAUUGCUGCAGGAUAGCUCUAUAUAGUUGGCAUCUAUCCUUGCCGGCAGGAACAGGGUUUCUGUAUAAAGCUGGACGUCUUGCACAACUCAGAUUUAGCACAUCAAGUCAUUUUAAAGUAAGUUCAUUCUCACCAACAAAAUGCAUCAGGGUCUGGCCUCCCUAACUGUGCUGUUUUUUUUGUUUUUUGUUUUUAAACAUUUCCAAACAUUUCCUGAGACUUUUUUUCCUGCAAAUAUUUAUCAAAUUAUGCAGGGAGCACUAUACUCUGAAUAACAUAGGAAUAUCUCUGAGGCCUCUUUAUAUCCUAUGAAAAUAUUUGCCUUGGCAAAACUCAUCCUGCCCAAACGUUAGUUCUUUUGAUCUCUAAAUAUUUGUUUGUGUUUCUGCAUAACCUACCUGCAGAGGUGUGUUUUCAUUUGUAUAAAUAAUGCAGAUUAUGAAAAUCAUGUUUUCCAUUAGAUACUCUUUUCACAGAAAAACUAAGUCAACAAGCAGACAAUUUAACUAGUAUUUUUGCAUUUUACAGAAAUAAAAAAUCAAGUUCAUAAAGGAUUCUGGAUGUUUUUGACAAGGCAGCUAUGAAGUGGUGUUAGUAAGUUGUAUUUUCUCAAAUCCUUGCAACCAUGAGCUUCCACAGCUGAAAUGUUUAAACAUAAGGGGAAGCUUUCUAACAUUAUGGCAUCUAGUACUGAAGGGCUGUUCUUUACAGUACACCUUUGCAGUGUGUAAAAUGCAUUAAUAAAUGACGAUAAACUAAUGUGAAACAGGGUUUGACUUAUAGGAUUAUAAACAAUUUUUUGAAGGUCAUUUUCUCUGGUACUGUGGACUAAAGUUGACUGAAGAGUAAUCAUGGUCAGAAACGUUCACCAUCAAACACAGCUGCAUAUGUUGGCAGAUUAGAGUUGUGGUACAGACAAUGGUACUUGGAGAGGGAGAGUUAAUGCCAAAAAUGGUACUUAUGCUGGGUAGAACAGGCAGUUUUUAUAAUCAUAUUUCACAUUUCUACUCAUUUUUUUGUUUGUAGACUGACAAGCAUAAUCAUUUUUGUAUGAAUGAAUAUAUGGAUAUAAUCAAAGCAUACAGGUGCUAAAUGAAGAUUGAACAGAACAGUGCCACUUUUGGUGCCAUGUUGUUUGUUGUCACUUUUAUGUUUCUUACUCAAAAUAAAUUUGUAAUAGAAGAGAACA